AUGGUAAAAAAAGUCACCUAUUCACGCAAGCCUGCAAAGCGACGGUUUUCCGCAGAGUUCCAGCAGGAUGACGAGACCGACAUGAGUGGCAAGAGGACCAAGUCAGACGGUGGAAUCAGAGAUGAGCCGCGUUUGUCAACGGCGCCAUCAAGUCGACAAGGCAAGAGACACUCUUUGCUGAAGAAGUGUGCGUUCGCUGGUCCUGUUUCCAUACCCGACGCCGACAGCGACAUGGACAUGGACACUAGGCGAAGUGAAAGCAAAGCGUCCGUUCUCGACAAGGUCAUCAAAGGAGGAAGAUACCAGGCUGCAAAACCGGAUGAAGACACUAUGCGACGCAACCGAGAUGACUUUGUUGAGAUUAUGAAGAACGGCCAUAAGAGGAACAGCCAGUUACCCACCCCUCCAGCAGAACAACACGUGCCCAAGGAGGAGACCUUCUCACGGCUCAACGGAUUUACUCACAAACGGGAGUUCAAGUUGAUCAACUCACCAACGCCUCCCACGCCGCCAACGCCGACGUCGCAGCUCUUUGGACGCGUCAUUACUAAUGAGCAACCAAAAGAGCCGUAUCAACCAAAGACGUACAAAGCCGAGCAGACCCUUGCGCCACGCAGGACCAUCACGGGAGAUCGAUUGUCGACCAAGUCACGGGAAUCUCAAUUGUGGUCUGCAAACCAAACCAGCUCCCCGUUUUUGCAGUUACCGGAAAAUGUUCGCAGUCUCAUCUACAAGUAUGCGCUAGGUGGCAAAACCAUCAAUAUCGGAUUUGAGACGUAUCACACACGGGUGGACCCUACCCGGCCCACUUUUGCAAAGCAGUCCGUACCAGUGUUCAAGUACCGCUGCACUGUCUAUGACCAGUUCUCAGGCCAGCCAACCAACCCUUAUAGAGCUAUGCCAUUCGUCAAGACUGCCAAAAGCUUUACUUUACUCAACCACGUUUGCCGCCAAAUGUACGAGGAAGCAGCGACGCUACCCUACAAGCUCAACCUGAUAUGCUUCGACUCGCACAGCACCAUGAUUAAUUUCUUACUCAUGGAAAAGCGGCUGUCACGUCGACACUUGGAGGCCUUUACUCAGAUUUUGCUACCCGAUGGACUACCGGCGACCAACAUACUGACAUGCUUGCGCAACGUCGACAAAGUGUAUCUUGCAUUUGAACAUUACGGGAAGCUGAAGGGCUGGUAUCAAGUCGUGCGUGCAAACUGGCCUCCCUAG